AUGCAUGGAGGAUCAGACAGCACGGAACAGGAAAGGAUCAGAACCCCACACAAGGAAGGAAUGGAGGAAGAGACAAGGAAGGAUCAGACACAGAAGGUGGAAAAAGGAUCCCGGAAUAGUGGAAGGAAGGACCGGACAGGAACGAUAGUGGAGGAAAGGACUGUGAAGAGACAAAUAGUGGAUCAGGAGGAAAACAGAAGACAAAGACAGGAAGAAGGAGGAAGGAAACGUAACCCAGGAAGGAUCAGAUCCCGGAAACGAGAAAGACAAAGGAUCAGACAAAGAAGACACACAGACAGUGGAAGACACAGCCCCACAAGGAGGCUGAUCAGGAAGAAGACAUGGAAGGACAAACCCAGGACAAGGCACAUGGAUCAGACACAAUCAACAGGCAUGAAGGAUCAGGACAAAGAGCCCCAGCCCCACAAGGAACACAAGGAAAAGGAUCAGGACAAGGAAGAAGAAGGAAAUGGAUCAGACAAGAAAUAA